AAGGAGAUGCUGCCUCCCAAGAUGGCCCCCAUCUUCUCAGGGCUUCUCUUCACCUGCCUGCUGCUCUCCGGCCUAGCACAAGGCCAGAAGGAUCUUCCUUCUGCUAGGAGCUCCUGCCCUGAUGGCUUUGCCCUCCAUGGCUCCUACUGCUAUGGCUUAUUGGGAAUAAUGAAUAAGGAGACCUGGAACAGUGCUGAGUUACAGUGCCAAGCCUACCCCUCAGGACACCUGGCAUUCCUACUCAAUCAGGCUGAGGCUGACUUUGUGGCCGCCAUGAUCAAUGAGUAUCCAGUUGACAAAUUGCCUGUCUGGAUUGGCCUGCAUGACCCCAACAAGAACCGUAGGUGGAAAUGGAGCAGCAGCUCCCUGUUUCUCUUCCAAGCCUGGGAAGAUAAAGCUCCCAGUAGCGAGAAAGCUAAAACGUGUACCGUCCUGACUAAUGAUACUGGCUAUCAGAAGUGGAGAGAUGAAUCUUGUGAUCAAAAGCACUACUUCCUCUGCAAAUUCAGGUCCUAG